GAGAUAUUGCGGUGCGGAUGAGCUUGAGCAAGCCGAUGAAGACGCUGGCGACGGCAACGUCCGCCGCAGUCGGGGCUGCGCGGCCUCUGUCAUUCUGUACCCUCUCGAUACGCUCAAGACGCGCAUGCAGUCGCAGGCCAAGGGCGACGAGAAGACGCCGCUGGACCUCUCGCUCUACAAGGGCGUCGGCUACAAGGCGGCGCAGUCGACGCUCUCCAAGUUCCUCUACUUCUACGCGUACACGAGCAUGGCCAACGCGUUGACGUCCAAGGACGCCAAGAGCCUCUCGACAGCCAUGAACCUCGUCGUGGGGUACCUCGCCGAGCUCUUCCACCUCCCGCUCUCCCUCCCGCUCGAGGUCAUCAUCACGCGCAUGCAGACGACGAAAGGCGACACCAAGCAGAGCUUUUUCCAGCUAUUGCAGACGAUGUGGGACGAGAACAAUGGUCAGCUCGCGGGCUUCUACAAGGGCUUCUCGGCCUACUUUGUGCUUUGCCUCCAGCCCGCGAUCCAAUUCACGGCCUUUGAGCAGGUCAAGAAGCUCUACUUGAAGAGCAAGGCGUCUUCGUCCUUGUCGGCGAUCGAGGCGUUCAUGCUCGGCGCUGCGGCCCGCUCGUUGGCGACCCUUGUCGUCUUUCCGUACAUUCGCGCCAAGGUCAUCAUGCAGGCCAAAGCCAAGGCUGCUGCGGGCGAUGCGACGCCGCCCGAGACGAUCCCGGCCAUCUUGCAGCGUCUUGUACGCGACGAAGGCAUCGGUUCGCUCUACCGCGGCCUGUACCCCGAGCUUACCAAGGGCGCGCUCUCGGCGGCCUUUAUGCUCAUGGUGAAGGAGAAGAUUGAGGCCUACGUGACGCUCUCGAUCAUGCUGACGCAAAUGUACAUGUCGAGUUAGAGCGCCUUGAGCUGGCGCACGACCGCCUCGGUGCGCGCGGCGUCGCCUUGCUUUGUGUAGAGUUUUGCCUACGAAAGCGAUCCUAAUGAGAUUGUUUGAAGAGUG